AGCCAUUUUUUGUGCUUUUCCUCACCUUUAAUUCUUUCCAUUUCUUCAUUUACCCAUUUGUGUUUCCCACCUUCAUCUUCCCCAUUUACUGAUCCUUCAAUCCGUGUUCUCUUGGUAGCAUAAGAUGGCAGAAGGUGAGGAUAUUCAGCCACUUGUUUGUGAUAAUGGAACUGGAAUGGUGAAGGCUGGAUUUGCUGGAGAUGAUGCACCACGUGCUGUGUUCCCAAGUAUUGUGGGUCGUCCACGUCAUACUGGUGUGAUGGUUGGAAUGGGCCAAAAAGAUGCAUAUGUUGGGGAUGAGGCUCAAUCCAAAAGAGGUAUUUUGACGCUGAAAUACCCAAUUGAGCAUGGUAUUGUUAGCAAUUGGGAUGACAUGGAGAAAAUUUGGCAUCACACUUUCUACAACGAGCUCCGGGUUGCUCCAGAAGAGCAUCCAGUUCUCCUAACUGAAGCACCUCUGAACCCUAAAGCCAAUCGUGAGAAGAUGACUCAAAUCAUGUUUGAGACAUUCAAUGCCCCUGCUAUGUAUGUUGCCAUCCAAGCCGUCCUUUCUCUGUAUGCCAGUGGUCGCACAACAGGUAUUGUCUUGGAUUCUGGGGAUGGUGUGAGUCAUACAGUUCCUAUUUACGAAGGUUAUGCUCUUCCACACGCCAUCCUUCGUCUCGACUUAGCAGGACGUGACCUAACUGAUGCUCUGAUGAAGAUCCUUACGGAACGUGGAUAUUCUUUCACUACAUCAGCAGAGCGAGAAAUCGUGAGGGACAUGAAAGAGAAGCUGGCUUACAUUGCCCUGGACUACGAGCAGGAGCUUGAGACUUCCAAGACUAGCUCAUCCGUCGAGAAGAGUUAUGAGCUGCCCGAUGGCCAGGUCAUCACCAUUGGUGCUGAGCGAUUCCGUUGCCCAGAGGUUCUGUUCCAGCCGUCAAUGAUCGGAAUGGAAGCUGCUGGUAUUCAUGAGACCACAUACAACUCCAUCAUGAAAUGUGACGUGGAUAUUAGGAAGGAUCUGUAUGGAAACAUUGUACUCAGUGGUGGUACAACUAUGUUCCCGGGCAUUGCGGAUAGGAUGAGCAAAGAGAUUACAGCUUUGGCCCCGAGCAGCAUGAAGAUCAAGGUGGUCGCUCCACCUGAGAGGAAGUACAGUGUCUGGAUCGGAGGGUCCAUCCUUGCAUCGCUCAGCACCUUCCAGCAGAUGUGGAUAGCAAAGGCAGAGUACGAUGAGUCUGGUCCAUCAAUCGUGCAUAGAAAAUGCUUCUAAUGCAUGCAGGCUGUUGCUGUCAAGAAAUGUUGGUUGCUACAACAUUUGGAGAUUGGUUUCAAGUUUAACAUAUUUCUGAAGUUGGGUUGAUGUAUUCUUUUAUUUUAAUUUUGUUUUAUUUAGAAGUUGGAGCAUCAUGCUUUAUUUUAUUUUAUUAUCAAAGGAUAUAUCUUUUUAUAGUAAGUCUUGUGUACUAUUAUAUAUGUUUUUAACCCCCAAAUAAUAUUUGUGAAUAAAAUGCAAAACAAAUACUAUUUCAAUUUAUUUA